AUGAUUAUUGAUGAUCAUCGACAUGAUCAGCAAACAAUUAAUAAAUAUAAUAAAACUGAAUUAGAUCAUUUUAAUGAAAUAUGUUUAAAAGAAAAUAAUCGAUUAAGAUAUUUACAUAAUUGUCCUAAAUUGAAAUUAAGUCAUCAUUUAAUAAAAUCUGCACAAAUUCAUUCAGAAUAUUUACAAAAAUUACGUCAAUUACAACAAAUUGAUAAUUUAAUAUAUGGUCAAAAUAUUGCUUUAAUAAUUGGUCAACAAAAUUAUCAAAUUGCUGGACUUAAUGCGAUACAAGCAUGGUAUAAACAGUCAGAAAAUUAUGACUAUAAUGAAGAGAAUCAAGAGAAUAAAGGUUAUUUUACUCAAAUGAUUUGGAAAAAAACAAAAAAAGUUGGAUAUGGUUUUACUAAAUCUAAUAUAGGUAAUACAAUUUUUAUUGUUGGACAUUAUUCACCAGCUGGUAAUAAACUAACAGAAUAUCAAAAUAAUGUUUUACCAAAAAGAGAAAGAAUUGAUGAAAUAAAAAUCAAUGAUGAUUAUUCAGAUGGUUCUAAUAAAAAUCUCAAACAACAUCGAUAUUCUUGUUCCAAUAGAAAAUGUGUUAUCAUUUAA